UCCGCUCCCGGCGCCAUGAGCGGGCUGGGGCCGCAGCGGGAGCUGGAGGAGGCCGCUGCCCUGGAGCGCCGGCGGCGGCGGGAGCUGCUGCGGCGGGGCCGCAUCUUCAACGCACGGAUCCGCACCAUAGGGAUUGAUAAAGAUGCAUUGGAUGCACAGGUCAAGGAGAGGAAAAUUCAAGAAGCAACUGAAAAAGCAGAACAUGAAAGAUUUGCUCAUGAUAUGAAGAAAAACGACAAGCUCAUGUGUCUGUUGGAAGAACGACAGAAAAAUGAAAUCAAAGACUUGAAUAGGGCUCUCGUUGAAUUUCAGAAGAAUUUUCAGAAACCAGAAACAAGACGUGAAUUUGACCUGAAUGAUCCACAAGCCCUAAAGAAAGACAGACCUGCUCGAGUUUCAGACGAUGAUCCUCGGUGUUCUAUAUCUGGCAUGCAAAAGUUUAUGGGUGAAGACUUAAACUAUGAUCAGAGGAUGAAGUUUCAAAAGGAGCAGUUAAGGGAGUGGUCUCUUCAGCAACAGAAAGACUGGAAAAAUGCAUUAGCUGACCAAAAAUUGGCAGAUGAUCUUUAUGACAAGUUCAGGGUCGAACUUGACCGAAAGAUUAUGGAGGAACAAAAAAAAGAAGAGGAAAGCAGGCGUGCAGUUUGUACAGCUACUAAAAAUUUCAAUAGAAUCCAGGCUGCUGAACUAGAUCAUAAAAAUGAAUUGGAAAAGGCUCAAAAAAUAAAAGAUGACAUGGAUGAAAUUACCUGCCUCCUUCGAGGAGACUUCCUUUCUGAAAACCCUGACCAAGCAAUCGGUCCCUGGGGUAAACAUAAUGUGCUUGUGGAUCGAUGGAAGGGAAUGACUCGGGAGCAGCGGUUGGCAAUUCGUGAAUUUCAAAAGGAGCAAGCUCUGGAGAAUCUGAGAGUAAGAGAGCAGGAACGCCAAAGAGAUGCUGAAUGGGACAGGCAACGUCUACAGGCUGCAAGAGCCCAGUUGCUUUGGGAGCGGCACCAGCAGCGGCAGAAUCAGGAGCAGCGCCGAGGUUUAGAUGUCUUGAACGCAGCGCUCUCUCAGGAGCAAAAAGCAAGGAACAUUUAUCUUAAAGAGGAAGAAUAUUCAAAUAUUCCAACAGAUGAGUUUUAUGCACAGUUUAAUACCACCACCCGGUGACAAUCUGGAUUAAUCAACCUGAAUUAUACAGAAGUAUGUAGACACAUUAAAAUUUUCAGUUGAGCAAUUCCACAUUUUAUUGUUUUUAUCUGUUCCCUGCCAUGUUUAAACACUGCACUCAAACUAAAGGACGGUCUGGUAGGCCAGAUCUGUUCUAAGAAAAGAAAAACAGUUGUAAUGAUUUUUAAACAUGAUUGUUGUUCUGAAAGAGCUAGUAGAUUAAGUAGUAGGUUGUUUGACUCUUGUGUCUCAGGCUUAGCUGUAAUAUUUACAUUAUUCAUUCCUAUAGGAAUCAAUUUCUGCAAAGAAAUGUGAAUUUUAACUGCAGCGCUACUUUAUGCAACUUGGCCAGAGGGGAAUGUUGCCUCCCAUAGUGAUGCACUUCUCUGGGAGGGAAGAAAGGUGGCCUAGACUGAAAAUUUUGGGUUGCUUUGUUUGUGGUUUGUUUUUGGGUUUUUUGUUUUGGAUUUUCUUAAAGCAAAAAAAACC